AUGGAUCACUCCCAAAUAACAGCUAUUGAGGACAUUGACAUGAGUGCGAGCUUAAUUUUUUAUGAUGACAUUGUUGAUUUAGAGAAAGACAAUACUGAGUUUGUUGAUUUGGAGAAAGACAAUGAUGAGUUUGUUGACAAUGAUCAAUGUGAAAUUAUGGAAGACGAAGAUAUGGAUCAUGUGCAAGAUAAUGCAUUUGAAAUUGUAGGAGAUGAUAACAAUGAAUUCAGUGAGACUAAUUUUUUAUGUAGGGUCUUUGGAAUCUCAGGAGAAGCUUAUGAUUUUUAUAAUAAUUAUGCAAAAGGUAAGAGGUUCGGAAUACGUAAGCAGUUCUCUAACAAGAGUGCAAAAACACAAGAAAUAUAUAGGUGGAGAUAUGUGUGUUCAAAAGAAGGCGUCAAGAGAAUAAAUGAUAAAGCGGUUAAAAGGCAAAGGGAUACAAGGACCAAUUGUUUAGCGAUGUUACAGAUAAAGUUGGUGGAUGGAGUAUGGAAAGUAGAGAAGUUCAAUGAUACACACAAUCACCCAUUAAUUAACACUCCAUCAAAGGUGAAGAAGUUUCCUUCUCAGAAUGAAUUACGACGAGUAAAAGUUGCUAAAUCUCUUGUUUCUAUGCUUUAUGAGGAGGGUUUAACUUCUUCAAAGAUCUCAAAGGUGGUGAAUGCUACAGACAAAGAAGUUAACAUUACUCCAGCUCAAAUCACUAGUAUUAUAUCAGUUCAGCGAAGGAAUAAUGUGGGGCGAGAAUGUCAAUGCAUCAUCAAGCACUUUCAAAGGAAGUCUACUCUUGAUGGAUCUUUUUAUUUUAAUAUGCAUUUGGCGGAAGAUGGAACAUUAAGAAGUGUAUUCUGGGCAGAUGGUAGGUCGAGAGCUGCAUAUGCUCAAUUUGGUGAUCUCUUUGUGUUUGAUGUGACUUAUCAAACGAAUAAGUUCAAGUUUCCUUUUGCCCCUUUUGUUGGGGUUAAUCAUCAUGGGCAAUCAAUUUUAUUUGUUGCCGCUUUGUUAGAAGAUGAAACGGAGGCAACAUUUACUUGGUUGUUUGAACAGUUUCAGGCAUGUAUGUUUGACAAGUCUCCUCCUGCUAUUAUCACUGAUCAAGAUAAAGCUAUUGGAAAAGCAAUUGCCAAGAUAUUUCCCACAACACGACACCGUUUCUGUGCAUGGCACAUGAAAAAACAUGUUAUGGAACAUACUCAAGCACUACACGCACAAUUUAAGGAGAGUUUUGAUGUUGACUUUCAUGCGUGGUAUAAAAGUCCAAGCAUUGAUGAGUUUGAAGACAAAUGGGAAUCAUUGAGGACUAAAUAUGAUAUCAAACCAGGUACUUUGUUGUCUAACAUGUAUGCUUCACGUCAUCAUUGGGCAAAGACAUAUUUGAAAGAUACUUUUUGGGCUGGAAUGACCACAAGUGGCCGAAGUGAGAGUAUCAAUGCAUUUUUUGAUGGAUAUGUCAACUCCAACACAAUGUUAAAUGACUUUGUUACCCAAUAUGACAAAGCAAUCAAGUGUAGGAGGGAUGCCGAAGAAGAUGAGGAUUUUAAAACUAAAAAUACAAAAGCAAUUCUGGAGACUGCUCAUGAAAUUGAAGCAAUAGCUGGUGAGCGCUACACAAGAAAAAUAUUUAAUAUCUUUAAAAAGGAGUGGAUGGAAGCCGUACUUGACUAUGAGCAUAAAAAGAUUUCAACGGACGAAAAUAAAAUCAGGUACAAGGUGGGGUCUCACAAAGUUGAUAAAGAGUGGUGGACAAUUGUUACAUUCAUUUGA